AUCACAGAUCCGACAAAAAGCCCCCGGCCGUUGCCUUCGCCCACAGGAGGCACCGCCAACCCUUUCUCUCGACGAGAGAGCUCUUGUUCUUCACGGUUCUUCUCCUGGGCCUCCUCUCAGUCUCUUGUAGGCAAGUCCCUUCUUCUCGCUUUUUGUUGCUAUUUUUUCUUUUAAUUGCAUCGAUUUCCAUUUCGGGCCUUCUCUUCUGGGUCUUGUUUUUCUUGAGGUAUUUGGGUAUGGAAAAACUUUUGGAGUGUGAGAUUUUGGUCUGAUUGUUUUGAAGCAAGUCUUGAUUCUUCUGUGGGGCCUCUACAAUGGGUUUCUUUUGCUAAAGCUUCUUGGAUUUUCUUUUUGUUCUUUGUUUUUUUUUCAAACAUGGAUAUGGAAGAUAAACUUUUGUUGUACUCGUAGCAAAGACUGUGGGAUCCUUUCCGUUUUUGAAUGGUUGCAGCCAUGCUUUUAGACUCCAGUAAUUGGAGGUGACAGAAAUUCAAGGAUGUUAAGAUGUACUUGUGAUAUUAGCAACUCCUGCAUAGAUGGAUAAAGUGAAUGCAGGGCCAUCUUAUGAUUGUAAGGAUUGUGGUGGGAAGUAUAUAUUGAUAAAUGAUGAAGAAGACCCACGGUUGGCUAUGUUUGACAAGCCCCUCCCAUGCUGCGGCUGUGGAAUAGGAUGGUGUUCUUUGCUUUUGGGAUUUGUAUGCCCGUUGAUAUGGUACUGUGCUGCAAUUCUGUACUUGGGCAGCUACUACCACAGAGAUCCACGAGAGCGAUCUGGCCUUGCUGCUAAUGCAAUUGCUGCACUAGUAUGUACAAUUGUGACUCUGAUCACCCUAGCUGCUAUCUUCCUCUAGUUCAGGUCUUCAUGUUAUACACGUUCAGCUCGAGUCCUCUUUAAGCGGCACCUUUGCUGCAUGCGGCAAAGUUGGCAGCCAGAGGAUACUUAUGAACCUUGAUCCUGCGAGCUCAGCGAGGGAACCAUGAUGACGAAUGGUCCUAAUGUUCAAAUUUGCUCACCAGUUCUUUAUCUUGUGACACUAUGACAAAGUCAUCUGUAUGGUAAACCAUGAUAGACAUUUGCAGUUAAUUGGUCAAAAUUAUCCAUUCGCUCGAAUAUAUUGUGCAAAAAUCAUAGAGCUCUUUUAACCACAAAUUUUUGUGG